UGUCACGUCUGGGGCUCCGUAAUUAUGCGCACUCGGGAAGGAAAGAGGGUGCACGUCAGGAGGUUAGGUGACUGAGCGAGGGAAGGAGACAAGGGAGCUGGGGAAGUAAGGGAAGGAUGUGAGAUAUCCGCAAAGGAGGCCAAGAAGCAAGAAAAGAAUGCUACGGGCUAGUGAGCAAAGCUGGGGACGGAAAGGGGGCCAGGAUGCAAGUGCGCACAUGAGGAAGGAUUCUGGGGGUCAAGAGGAGGGAGGAAGGUCUCAUUUCUCGGGGCUGGCUAGCUAGCUGACGCAUCCUUGCCGAGCAGCGGCAGGGGGGCGCUUGGCGAGCUCGCCGGGCCGAGCCGAGCCGAACCGAACCGAACCGAACCGAACCAUCCAUGGGUGGCUGUGUGGGGAGCCAGCACGACUCCUCGGGCAGCUUGAACGACAACUCGGACGGCACCGGAGCUAGCAGGCUAAUGACCGAAUGUCCGUCUUGGUUGCGGGCAGUGGCUCUGGGGCGGAACCAGCCCCUCAAGCGCGAGCGGCCCAAAUGGAAAAGCGACUACCCCAUGACGGAGGGCCAGCUGCGCAGCAAGCGCGACGAGUUCUGGGACACGGCGCCGGCGUUCGAGGGCCGCAAGGAGAUCUGGGACGCGCUGAGGGCGGCCGCCGGCGCCUUCGAGAGCCGGGACCACCCGCUGGCCCAGGCCAUCCUGGACGGCGCCAGCAUCACGCUGCCUCACGGCGCGCUGAGCGAAUGCUACGACGAGCUGGGCAACCGCUACCAGCUCCCGGUCUACUGCCUGGCGCCGCCCGUCAACAUGAUCGAGGAACGCUCCGACGAGCCCGACGGCUCGGACCGGGACUCGGGCGGCGGCGCUGACGCGGCGGAGGGCGACGACGGCGAGCGCCAGCUGCGUCUGCGCCUCUCCACGGGCCGCGACCUGCGCCUGCGGGCGCGCUCGGCCGACACGGUGGGCGCCAUGAAGCGGCGCCUCCAUAGCCAGGAGGGCGUGCCCGCCGCCGCCCAGCGCUGGUUCUUCUCGGGGCGCCCGCUCGCCGACAGGCUGCGACUGGAGCAGAUCAACGUCUCGCGGGAAUACGUGGUCCAGGUCAUCAUCAGCCAACCCCCGGACACGCCCCCGUGCCGCGCCCACGCCCCGGAAACGCGGCCGGAACCCACGCCCGUCGACGGUUAAUAAACACGGCGCCCGCGCCGCCAGACAGUUGAAAGCCGCGCCAUCGGGCAGGCGAACACGGCGCCCGUUGACGGUUAGGAUGGCUCGGGAACGUUCGGACGCUAAAAGGCACGUGUCGUUUGGUUGUCGCUAUGGAAACCACCACAAGAAAAAAACUAAGUUGUGCUUUUGUUGCCGUGACAACGCAAUGGUUAGCACCUCAUGCUAACGUUGAGGACAAAAAAAUGCUGGAUUAUUACCACUUCACAACAUAACCGUGCGUGUGUGAGAGUAGUCCACGCGGCAGACGUGUAAAGUUGAGCACGACAUUUUUUGAUUGAGAAUCCAACUUUUUUAAAUUAAAA